AUGGCGGAUAUGGCAGAUCGAUGCAAUCCGUUUGACAUGGCGCGCGUAAAUCUCGAAUCUCCCUCCCACGCAAAAUUAGCUGUUCGGGCACCUUAUAAACGACGAUUAACCCUUGGGGCUUGGUGCUUGAAGAUGGCUGCGCCUCCACCAACAUCUCCUCUGCCCUCGCUUCCGCCAUUCGACCCCAACCCAACAAUUGGUGCUCUACUUGUCGGGACGCUGGCGUCGGGUAUCCUAUUUGGGAUUAAUACCACACAAAACUAUGUCUACUAUCGUCGUUUCCCGCAGGACCCGCGGAUGAUCAAGUGGCUGGUUACCAUUGUGUGGGUCAUGGAGUUUGUCCACAUUUUCUGUAUCAGCCAUGUUCUCUACACAUAUGCGGUGGUAAAUUACGGCAAUCCAUUGAUAUUCCUCGAUAAGAUUCCCCCCACUCUCGCCCUCACGAUUCUCCUCGGCACGGUCAAUACCGCAUUGGUGGAGGCCUUCUUCGUGUUCCGCAUCUGGACUCUCGCGCAAAACAACUUGAAGUUCUUCAAACUGGUGCCGCUCGUUCUCUGUGUUACCAUCACGCUCUUCGUCGCUGGCACCACGGCCGACACCGUUCUGUCGAUUCAGGCCGCCAACAUCCCCGCGUUCAACGCGCGCUUCGACUGGCUACUCGUGGUGCCGAACUCGCUGAAUGUCUUCAAUGACGGCAGCAUUACGAUCUCGCUGAUCACACUUCUCCUGUUGACGAGGAAGGGCGGGUUCGCGAAAACAGCCAUGAUGUUGGAUCAACUUAUCAAGUGGACCCUCGAGACGGGGUUGAUUACCGGCAUAUUCAGUUGUCUGAGCUUGAUCUUCUGUGUCCGUCAACCCAACGACUUUAUAUGGGUAUCUCUGCAAGUCGUCAAAGCACGCUUGUUCGCAAACUCGCUGAUGGCCUCGCUCAACUCGCGCGACAACCUCCGAGAGAUGACGAGAAGUACAGCAGACUGGGCCAGCAGCGGGAACAACUCGUACCGUCCCGGCUACUCGACCACCGCUGCCCACGGAAGCGCGGUGGCGCACAAUGGGGUCAAUAUUGCGAUGACGAAGGUGACACUAGGGGAGAGGGACGGUACGAUUACGGAGCCCGGCGGGUAUGAGUAUGGGUAUAAAAGUGCGGAGGACAACAGGGUUUGA